AGUUUCACUGAACUAGCGUCUCUUAGGCGGGAAUAUGUGUGUAAGGCUAACAAAGAGCAACGCUGUAACGUCAGAGUCGUAAUAAAUGGAGCAUAUGUGUUUUCAAACGCGCAUUAUAAUGAGCCAAUAUUAGCUCACUGGCUAAUGGUAGCAUGGACAGGGCACCUUCCCCAACAAAGAGGAAGGAGGACGACAAGAGUAAACAGCGAGGUAAGGAGAAGUCAGGAGCCGCCAAGGAAGGAGCAGACAAAGGCCGGGGCCGAGACAAGAACCGCACGCGGCGCAGUGCCUCCAGCGGGAGCAGCAGGUCCAGCUCCAGUUCCAGCAGCAGCUCGGGCUCCAGCUCGGGCUCCUCCAGCGGCUCCAGCUCCUCCGCCUCCAGCCACUCAGGCUCAUCCAGCUCCCGCUCCUCUUCCUCCUCCUCCUCGUCCUCCUCGCCGAGUCCCAGCCGCCAGCGCCACAACAACAGACGGCGUUCGCGCUCAAAGUCAAAAUCAGCAAAGAAGGAUGACAGGGACCGACGGCGCAGGAGCCCCACACCCAAACCCACCAAGGUCUACCUGGGCCGGCUGACCAGGAAUGUUAUCAAGGAACACAUCCAGGAGAUCUUCUCCACUUACGGCAAGAUCAAGAUGAUCGACAUGCCCAUGAACCGCGUCCACCCUCACCUGUCCAAAGGUUACGCGUACGUGGAGUUUGAAACACCCGAGGAGGCAGAGAAGGCCCUGAAACACAUGGACGGCGGUCAGAUCGAUGGUCAGGAGAUCACAGUCACCGCUGUGCUGACUCCCACAGUGCGCCCUCCCCCCCGCAGGCUGUCCCCUCCCCGCAGGAUGCCCCCUCCACCCCCAAUGUGGCGACGCACACCACCCCGAAUGAGGAGAAGCCUCCUCCUCCUCCUCUUCGUCCCCCUCCACUCCUCCGCUGUGUCCCUUCGAUCAUCAGUGUGACCAAACAAAAAAACACAUGUUCGUGGUUAAUCGUCAGCACUUGAGUAAUGAGAACACAGACACCAAAAUCAUUACUGUAUCCCCGAGAGAAUUAUUUUUAGCCAGGGUGUUAUGACAACAAAAUAUAAAUAUUAAAGGGUAAGACACAAGCAUUAUGUGAAAACUGAGCUCUUAGGCUAAAUACUAAGUAAUCCUAAGUGUGAAUAUAGCAGUUUUGUGGUUGAAGGGGAUUUAGAAUCGUACGUUUUUAGGAAGUGAAAGUGAUCCUACACCCACUUGAGAAACUCACAACAGGAAAACUGAACUAUGGGAUGAACUGCCUUUUUUAGUAGCGUAGUUGACUUUUGCAAUCAACAAAAUGCAAAAAGCAGCAAAGUACAGGAAACUGCAUAACUUGCACUAUGCACAAAUGAAGGCUAGAAUUAUAUUUUUUACCAAAAUUGCUAAAAUGUGCUGCUUUUUUGUAAAUUGCUUUCAGCGUUGGGGUCAGAUCAUGCGGCUUGAGUCUAUUGACGGCUACUGGUCCGCUCUAAUGUUGAGGAUGCAUCUGUGUGUCAGGUACCUUCAGGCCAUUUGGCUACAACACCAGUUUGAGUUGAUGCCACAUGUGAACCCCAGACAAUCUGCAAAGAAAAGAUUAGAUCUUUUUUAUCUUAGUGGAUAUUUUAGUCUCAUUCUUCAUGCUCAUCAUGUUAGUGGAUGACAUCAUGGGAUAUUUCAAUGGCCAAUGCCGAUAUUUAGAGAGCAGGGCGGCCAAUGGCCAAUAUAUGGCCCUGUUAUCAAAACAAAGAAAAGUCAUUUACAAUUCGACUACUACAUGCACAUUACAAUCAAACAUAAUGGUUAUCUUAACCAGUAACAUGGUGUUUAAGAUGGAAUUGUUAUUAAUUAAUGAAAUAGGAAAACACAAUGGGUUAUGCUGUAGAUUUUAGUAUGUGACAUUUAUGUAUGUCAUUCAACUGUACUAUUCUAUACAUCAUAAUAACAUGUAUUUUACGCAAGCCAGUAACCGUUGACAUUCACCCAGGCAACGACGUGCCAGCCAAACAUUUCUGAUAAUGUUUCCACUCAUUUUAUUUAAUGCACAAAUAGCGCAUUAAAAAUGUGCGCAUAAACAGGUGAUUGGAAACACUUUAAUGUGUUAGUCAUCUACCAUCAUAUAUUGACGUCAUGUUAACAUGGAGCAAAUAAUUUACAGGGAAUCACAUGAAUGAUUCAAGUUUCUGUGUUCUCAUCACUGAAGCAGCCAGUUGACUAAUAAAUAAAGACUGGAACAUUCUUAAAAUAACCCUACAGGACAAUAUGGCAAUCCGUGUUCUCUGAGGUCAUGUUUAGUGCUCUCCAGUGUUAGCACUUAUUAUAAUUAUUACUUACAGUUCCAGAUUUUCAGGUGCUACUAGUCAUUAAAUCAGUAUUGUGUUUUAAAAGCAUCCCUUCUGUAGCCCCGCUCUUCAUUUGUGACAGAUCCUCCAGCAUCACUUCUUCCAGUAAAUCAAAUUUACAAAGGCAGCUAUACAAGUGAGUCACAAUAAGUCAAAUACCAGUGAACAGCAUGUGUCCGCUUCAGUAAAAGCCUGAAAAUGACAGUGUUACAUUCUCAGUACACUGAGGUCAGAGGGUUAUCAUGGGAAUUACCGGUGCAUCAGGAAUGUGUCACUCUGUGAUCUUCUGAUCCACUUAACUUGUUUUCAUCAGUGGUGGACUGAUGCAACCUGCUUGACUUGGUGUGUGUGUUUAUUUUAUUUUAUUUGUCCCCUAAAAUCUUAUUUUGUAUAGCUGGCUGUGUGUGGUUCAAUUGAUGGCUGGACAAUAAAGUUAAUGGCUUGAACUGUCAAAAAAAACAAA